AUGGUGAGUGAGAGUCGGGAAGAGACAGCGCUGCCAGGCCUCAGCUCAAGCUCCUCAGAUGAGGAGCUCCUCAGGGCUCAGUACCAGGUCCUCCGGACCAUUGGUCAGGGGAGCUUUGGCCAUGUGAAAUUGGCCAAGCAUCUCCUCACAGAUGCCCUGGUUGCGGUGAAAGUUUUAAAGAAGCAGGACAACCCCUUCAUUACCAGUGAGGUGGACAUCAUGAAGUCUGUGGACCAUCCAAAUGUGGUCAAGCUAUUUCAUGUCAUGGAAACGGAUGAGCGGGUGUACUUGGUCAUGGAAUACCCAGGCGGGGGUGACCUGCUGAGGCAUGUCCUGCAAGUGCUCAAGCUGCAGGAGGAGGAGGCCCGGCCUGUGUUCCGGCAGAUUGUGAGUGCCAUGCACUACUGCCAUGAGAGUGGCAUUGCCCACCGGGACCUGAAACUAGAAAAUGUCUUGUUGGACACAAGGGGCACAGUGAAGGUGUGCGACUUUGGGCUUGGCACGAGGGUCAUGCUUGGGGAGGAGCUGGACAGCGCGUGUGGCACGUUACCCUUCUGGGCCCCCGAGCUAUUCCAGCACCAAGGCUACGACGGCCAUAAAGUGGAUGUGUGGAGCCUGGGCGUGCUGCUGUACUGCAUGGUGGUGGGCUACCUCCCGUUUAGAGCCUGGACGUGGGGGAAGCUGCGGAAGCAGGUGCUGAGCGGCCGCUGCCGGAUUCCUCCCCACGUCUCCCCAGAGCUGCAAAACCUCUUCACCCAAUUGCUUGCGGUGGACCCUGAGAGGAGGCCCACAUUGGAGCAAGUGCUGGGCCACCCCUGGCUCAGACAGAUGGAGCCAGUGUCCCCCCGGCCCAGCAGAACGCCCCCACAACAGCCAGAUGCCAGCAUCAUCAAGGUGAUGACGUACCUGGGGUAUGAUCCACAGGAGGUCCGGGAUGCCCUGCUAGGCAGAACUUUCAAUGCUGCCAUGGGCACCUACCUGAUCCUGCUGCAGCAGAGGGAGCAGGGGGGCUACGGGCCCAGCCACCAUGGGAGGCGCCCGCUUCCUGGGCCUCCGCCUUGUCCCUCACCUGCAGUUGCAUCCUCCACUGUUCUCCCAAAGACAGUAAGUGCUCCUGCUUGUCACCCUGCCACCUGCCCGCCUGCUAAGCGCGCGAGGCCAGAGGACUGCAGGAAAUGCAGCAAGUUCGCAUCUGCCCCCUGCAUCCCCAUUUCCCCCUUCACAAGAAGCGCAGAGAGGGAGAUGGGGCCCACAGCAGCCGAACCCCUGCUCCCCUCUGGUCAAGCCAGUAGUUUGACCACAGCCCCAGCCGGGGACCAUAAUCAGGGCUGGAGAAACAUGAAGAGGAGGACCGUCAAGUGCCUAAGACGACUCUGCUGUUGUUGCUGCCCACUUGCCAAGCGCAGAUCUGCCCGCACUGCCAGUCCCGGGAGAGGUGAGGACAGAACCCGCAACCUGGAGCCCUCAUAG